CACCCUGGACUCCCAGCUCAGCCCACUCAGUGAUCAGGACUGAACACAGCUGCUCACCAUGGAGAGUGUGCUCAGCUGGGUGUUCCUGGUGGCUGUUUUCAAAGGUGUCCAGUGUGAGGUGCAGCUGGUGGAGUCUGGGGGAGGCCUGGUGCAGCCUGGGGGUUCCCUGCGACUCUCCUGUGCAGCCUCUGGAUUCACCUUCAGUGACUACUGGAUGAGCUGGGUCCGCCAGGCUCCAGGGAAGGGGCUGGAGUGGGUCGGAGAAAUUAACAAGAAUGGUGAUACAAUAAACUAUGCCAACUCUGUGAAGGGCCGAUUCACCAUCUCCAGAGACAACUCCAAGAACACACUGUACCUGCAAAUGAGCAGUCUGAGAGUCGAGGACACUGCCACCUAUUACUGUGCUAGAGACACAGUGAGGGGACCUCAGUCUGAGCCCAGACACAAACCUCCUGCAGGGAGCCCAGGUUGUGAAAAGGUGGUGGGUGUGGUGAAGGACUUCCCAGAUAUGAAGCAUCUGGACGUUUCUCUCAUGUGGACUCUGCUGCUGGAUGAAGCCUCUGGAUUCACCUUCAGUGACUACUGGAUGAGCUGGGUCCGCCAGGCUCCAGGGAAGGGGCUGGAGUGGAUCUCAUUCAUUAGUUAUAACAGUGGUACCAUAAACUAUGCCGACUCUGUGAAGGGCCGAUUCACCAUCUCCAGAGACAACUCCAAGAACACCCUGUACCUGCAAAUGAGCAGUCUGAGAGCUGAGGACACAGCCACCUAUUACUGUGCCAGAGACACAAUUCUCGAGGUCCCUCCUCUGCCAGACCCUCUGUGA